AUGUAUCAAUCACCUCCAACAAAAAAGUUCAAACCAAAUUCAUCAUCAUCAUCAUCAUCAUCAUCAUCAUCAAUUUUGAAUUUACAUUAUAAUUUGAUUAUCACACCACCACACAUUCAAUCAUCUGUUCAAAAUUCAUUAACUAAUUCUUCUUUAAAUCCAAAUACAACUUCAUUGAGUCAAAAUCCAACUACUAUAUCUCAAUUACCUCAUUUACCUCCAAAAUCGAAGACAUCAAAUUCAAAACCAAAAACUAAAUCAAGAUCAAGAUCAAAAUCAAAAUCAAAAUCAAAAUCAAAUCCACCAGGAUUAAAAGACAUCAAUCAACAAGAAUCGUCUAGUACUCAACAAACUAUAACAACCUCAGACUUUUUUGAUGUCAACUCAAAUUAUUGUCUUAAACCAGAAGGAGAAAACAUAAUGGAUCCCGUAACUUGUAUGGUAGAUUUGAAAAAAUAUAUAAAUGAACAGCUUUUUGAAAUCAUGCAAGAACAUAAAAUUGAAUUUGUUCCUAGUAUGGGAUAUACAAUACCAUGCAUCAAAGAGCAAAGAUCAAUAUUAAAUAUAGGAAUUAAAGAUCAAGAAGAUAUUCAAAAUUGUUCUGCUGUUAUUACGAUGGAACAUUUAAUUAAUUCCCGUGAUAAAGAAGGAAAUUUAACUGAAUGUGUUUCACCACUGGUGGUUAUAGUUACAGAUUCUGUAUGGAAAAUAAUGGCUUUAUUAUCACUCAAAUUGAAUAAAUCAGAACUAUUUCAUGGAAAUAUUUAUAACCCAGUAGCUGUUCAAAAGACUCAACAUUAUCUUAUAAUUCAUCCUAAUCAUUUUUGUGAAGCUGUAUUUUUAGAUAAGUUGAAAACUUACAAAACAAGUUUAGUAAUUAUUGAUAAAGUGAAUUUAUUUUUGAAAGUACAAGAAGAAUCAUUUAUGGAAGCAAUAUUUAGAUUUAAUGAAUCAACUACUUUUGUUUGGUUUGCUACAAGUUUAUCAAGUGAUGCCAAAUCAUUCAUCACCAAAUUUAGUGAUACAUUAAAUGUCAAUUAUAACAUAAAAACUGGUGGUAGAGAUAUGCAAAAAAAAUUGGUUUUAGUUGAUGUCAAUGAUCCUUUAAAUAUCUCAAAUUUAUCCAAAAAAGAAUUCAAAUCAUUGACCAAAAAUCAAAUCGAAAGUAGAGAUUUAGAAUCCAAAAAAAUUGCUUUAAUUGCUAAAGUUAAUGAAUUACUCAAGCUUAGAGAUUCAUUUAUUAGAAAAUCUAAAGAGUUUGGUGAAAAUGUUGUUGUCGUUGUUCCAAGUAAAAAAGAUGCUGGAAAAAUAACUAUAUCUUUAAGACAAAACGGAGUUUGGGCAUAUCAAUUAUUUUCUAAAAUACCACCCACAGAAAUUGAAUCAAUUGAACAAGAGGUAAUAAAUAAAGAUGCAAUUUUAGUAACUCAUGAUUGUAAUUUUAUUAAAGGUAAAGAAUAUGUUAUUGAUUUUGAAUCAACUAAAUUGGAUAAUUAUCUUAUUAGAAUCGAAAAGUAUAAAAAACAUGGAGUUUCAGAAGUUUUCACAUUUUUUACUACUAUUGAAAUGAGAUAUUUUAAACAAUAUUUUGAAUAUUUUGAAAAAAAUGGUGUUGAUGUUCCACAAGAGUUUUACGAUUAUCACAUCCAACAAAACAAAAUUGAUUUUUUUGGUUUAUAA